GCUGACGCCCGCGGCGGGCUGUGGCUGUAGCUCCAGUUUGUGAGCCCCGCGGCGGCGGUCCGCGUGAUUGACGGGAAACCAGCAGGCCAGUUAACUGUCACCUGCGAGGGAGCACACGACACUUUGUGAGACUGGCCUGUUCCGCUUAGUGAUGAUUUCCAGUUCCAUCCAUUUUCCUUUGUGUGAGAGCAGACGCAGCCCUGCUGAAGAUGGACAGACCGCAGUAGACAGUGGCUCCUCCCCUUUCCUCUCAAAAGACUUGAUCACUUGGUGUCUCGCUUCCAGUUACUGCUCCACGAUCGAGUCUGUUGGCUUUCUUUAUCAGACAUGUUCCGAACAAUCUCAAGAAAAAACAUGUCGCAGAAACUGAGCUUCCUGUUGCUGGUGUUCGGACUCAUCUGGGGACUGAUGCUGCUUCACUACACUUUGCAGCAGCCGCGGCGGCAGAGCAGCGUCAAGCUUCGUGAGCAGAUCCUUGACUUAAGCAAGAGAUACGUGAAGGCUCUGGCGGAGGAGAGCCGGAGCACGGCGGAUGCGGACAGCGGCGCCUCCAUGGCGGGCUAUGCUGAUCUGAAGAGAACAAUCGCGGUCCUCUUAGACGACAUUUUGCAGCGCUUGGUGAAGCUGGAGAGCAAGGUCGACUACAUCGUUGUGAACGGUUCAGCCGCCAACACUACCAAUGGCACCAACGGGAAUCUGCUGCCCGUAACGACCAACAAAAGGACGAGUGUUUCGGGCAGCGUCAGAUAGCAAUGAAGGCCACCUUGCAUGGCUACACCACUGUGGAUUACGUCCACCGCAGGACUCCUCUUCAACUGCUGCCUAGGACAGAGUCAUACUUGACAAUAAAAGCUCUCCACAUUCCCACGGAGCUCGCUGGAUUCAUAGGACGCUAAUUCUGUAUAUAUAAUCGCAGGCAUUUUUAGUUUGCUUUGACACAAAGCUCUUUAAUGCUGUUCUGUACCCUUAACAGGAAUUCGGUAACAAGGUUGAGAUGGUAAGCAGAGAGGUCACCUCUGUACAGAGAUCAAGAAACAAAAGCACCAGAAAGACAUGGAGUCCUGUCUAUAAAUACUUAUUUAAGUAUAUAACAUGUUUGUCAGAUAAGUGGACAGUAACGUUCCAUUCAGUCUGUCACCUGCCCUCGGCAGUAUCCCUGUGAGUAGAAAAUGCGCUGGCUUCCAGAACUAUAUUUUGUUACUCAAAUUAUGAGCAGAGAAAGGAAGUGUCAUGUCGAGAAUCAUGUUUUGAAGUGGACCCAAAGAGUGUUUUCAUUUGCACUAUCCUUCAAAAUAACUGGAGGUUAAUUGUAUAUUUUUAAAAAUAGCGUUUUUAAGAGGAUAAUUUUGAAAUGGGUAGCAGCCACUGUUGGUGGCUAACCAUCGGGGACAGUUUAAUAGAGGUGAGAGUCAUAGCCAAUCUCAUACUUUAAAAUUUCUUACGUAUAUUCUGCAGAAUAAUACAUAUUUUUAUGAUGAAAUGAAAAAUAAAAUAUGUGUAAUUUUUCACAAUCACAGUUGUCGAUUUGAAAGUAAACCUCGGUGUCAUAUGCCUAUAGCCGUGGAACUUAGGAGGCUGGGACAGGAGAGUUGUAAGCUCAGUGCCAGCCUGGGCAACAGAGCAGACCCUAUGUAAAAACCAUUGACCGUUUCUCCUAUGAGGAAAGUACAUCAUUUCCAUAUUUUGGUAAGUGUUGCUUUGGUUAUUUCAGUGGAGGAAGGAAAGGACUUGAUGACUUUAGCCAGAUGUAUAUAAUAAAUGUUAUUUGUGCUGCACAAAACUGCUUGGAAAAUUAAUGUGAGUUGAUGUUAUUUAAGAGUAGCCUGUGUUAGGAGACGUCAGAUUAGCUAUUCAUUUUAUAUAAUGACCACUUUACAAAAUUAAGAACAUUAAAAUAUAAAUUAUGAAGAUUGUUUAUCUCUUUAGAGAAACAGCUACUGUAUACAGCACAAGAAAUCUUGACUUGGUUAAUUCUAGUAUAGAGUAAAACGUCUUUAUUUAAAUAGCCUUUGUAGCAAAUCCAAUUGCUAUAUAGUAUUCUAUAUUUCGUAGUAUUUAUUCUAUAUAAUAACUGCUUAUGUGCAGCUAGCCUCUAGAUUUAGACUAAAUUGAGUUUAGUUUUUGAUAUUUUUCAUUUAUUAUAAUGCUCCCACAAAAGUAGCAGCGAUUAUAAUAUUUUGUUAAAAUAAGUAUAAGAAAUAUAUUGUUUCAUGAAAGAUAACUUUCUGAAAUGUCUUCCCUGUACCUUUAUGUGAAGAAAUGAUGUCCCAUUGCCAGUAGAUUCUGCAGUACCGUUCAGUCUCUGCUGAGUCCUGAGUAUCUCUGAUUUCAUUGCUUUCAGGGAUGAAAUAAAAUAUAUUGUUUGUAUUCACAAUU